AUGUCUCAUCCAUUCCAUCAGCUCCUCGUGAACAACGAUGGCACGACCCUAUAUAUUGCCACGGCUCAACAACUCAAAUCAUUUGAUAUAUCGAACAGUGGUGCUACUCUGACUGGAGAUUUUGCAAUCAGUACGGCGAUUGCCGAACAGUUGGUUGACAGUAACAAAAAGCAAUCCAAACCUCUCAGCGAAAUUAGGGCCCAUAUUCAGAAUUUAAAGCUAUCUCGAAAUGGGAAGUAUCUGAUUGGUACUACCAAUGAAGAAAAACUUGCGUUAGUAUUCGACUCGAGUAACAUUAGCAGCACCAUCAGUCACAGGUCAUUCCCAAAAAAGCCAUCAUCAAUAGAUACUACCGUCGAUGAUACGACUUUAAUUCUGGGUGAUAAGUUUGGUGAUGUUUACCAAGUGCCAUUACCUGGCGAGAAUAAUAAGCCCAUUCUUGUCAAUGAGGAAGAACCGGGGAAAGGUGCUGACCACCCAAUUCUGGGACAUGUGUCGAUGCUUGUUGACCUUGUCCUUGCUGAACACAAUGGACAGCAAUAUAUUAUUACCGCUGAUAGAGACGAGCAUAUUCGAGUAUCGCGAUACCCUAAGUCAUACAUAAUUGAGCACUGGUUAUUCGCACACACCGAAUUUGUUUCAUCCCUGAUGCUAGUGCCAUGGCAGCCGACCUACCUAGUCUCAGGUGGAGGUGAUAAUUUUAUUUGUCUUUGGCAAUGGACAAACGGACUUCUUGUCCAGAAGUUCGACAUCGCACAUUUGGUUAAAGAUCACUUGCAGAAGAUUAAUGAAGCUGGUGACCACUUUAACUACGAGGCUAAAAAGGGUAAAAAACGGAAGGCUGCGGCAGCUGUUUCUGAGACCAAUAACAAUAACAAUACACAACAAGAAGAAGCUUCCAAGAGCCAAGAAAGAGAGCAGGAUAAUGUGGACGAAGCUACUGACAUGGUUGAGAUUAACCCCAAGUCCUCUGAUACCGAACUUUCUGUCUCUGGUAUUGUAGCUGUACCUGGUCUGUCUCAAGUACUCGUUCUUUGCGAAGGUACAAAUGCCCUUGUUCAGCUCGACUUGAUUCACAACCUGUCUCACGCUGUCACGACGCUCCUUCCACACACAGUUGUUUCAGUUACGGUCGAUUCCGCUAACAGACUGUAUAUAGCCUAUGACCAUCCUACGGAACUGCUUGCCAUUUACCAACUCCAUGCCAACAGCAAAGCUGAGCCUAUACUUUCGGACAUAAGCGCCCAAGUCACCCAGUCAGCUGCCGUGGCCGUAACAGAAGGCCAAAAAGUCGCGCUUUAUAACAUGAACCAACUUCGUAAACGACCCGAGCAUUAA